AGAUGCUCUCCCGAGGCUCCUGGCUAACUCGUCUUCGCCGUCCUACCCGUCGCCUAACUCAGACUGCCCUCGCCCCUACCCCCGCUCGUACCUUCGCAGCAUCCCCCAUGGCACCCGCCGCUACUGAAGUACAGCCCGCCGCGACCAACGGGGCCAACGGCUCCAACGGAUCGAGUCAUAUUAGAAAGUAUAGAGAUCGCUCGAAUCUGUUCCCCCUGGCCUCCCGAUUGAAGGAGGGCCGAGCAUUGGCGGAGGACGUAUGGUCCAUCUUCAAGUACGUCCCAUUCGCUUGCCGUCGGCAGACUGCUGUACAUCCGGUAUCACAGCGCUGCGAACCUGCCUGCCGACUGCAUCAACCUUGGUCAGGGAUACAUGAACUUUCCUCCCCCGGCUUUCGUUCGGGAAGCUGCGGAGAAAGCCCUCUCUGUCACAGCAGCCAACCACUACUCGCAUCCCAAAGGCAGGCUACGGCUGCGCGAGGCGAUCAAGAAAGUCUACAGUCCACAGUUCGGGCGAGACCUCGAUGUCGAGACUGAGAUUCAGGUCACUAGCGGAGCAAACGAAGGCCAGUACUCCGUGUUCACCGCAUUCCUCGAGCCCGGAGAUGAGGUCAUCCUGUUCGAGCCGUUCUUCGAUCAGUAUCUGCCAUCCGUCGUCUUCAACGGAGGAGUCCCGGUCUACGUUCCGCUUCACCCGAAGUUGACAGGCGCGAAGCCGACGAGCAACGACUGGGUGAUCGACUUCGACGAACUUUCCCGCUCAAUCACCCCCCGCACCAAGAUGAUCAUCGUCAACACGCCGCACAACCCCGUCGGCAAGGUCUUCACGCGCGAGGAGCUCGAGAAGAUCGCCGCGCUCGCGGAGCAGCACAACCUGAUCGUCAUGUCCGACGAGGUGUACGACUUCCUCGUGUUCGACAACAAGGAGCACGUGCGCAUCGCGACUCUCCCGGGCAUGUGGGAUCGCACCGUCACGGUUGGCUCCGCAGGCAAACUGUUCUCUGCGACGGGAUGGAGAGUGGGUUGGCUCAUCGGGCCGCCAUCCAUCAUCAGACCAACCCUGGCAGCAUGCACGCGCAUAGUGUUCUGCAGUAACUCGCCAUUGCAGGAGGCCACAGCAGUUGGCCUCGAAGAAAUGGAGGAACGUGGAUACCUUCCGCAGGCGGUCAAGGAGUACGACGAGCGACGACUGACGCUGACGGCAGCGUUCGACAAGCUCGGCAUGACUUACUCUCAUCCCGAGGGAACCUACUUCGUGCUCCUGGACAUCUCCACCGUCCACUGGCCAGAAAACUAUCCCUUCCCAGAAAGCGUCCAGGGGCGGGGACGAGACUUCAAGGCAUGUUGGUUCAUAGCCAUGGAAGUGGGAGUAUCCACUAUACCCGUGAGCGAGUUCUACUGUGAGGAGCACUGCUCUAUCGGCGAGAACUACGCCCGCUUCGCGUUCUGCAAGGACGUCGAUACCCUGAAGAGGGCAACUGAGCGCCUGCAAGGCCUGCGAAGAUUCCUGCGGUAGACGCGCCUGUAGAAUAGAGAAGACAACCAAAAUGAUUUCCCAGCUUUCCUAUUCGACAGUGUUGUUCUUGCAUUGACUCAAGUCUGUGCUUCUCAGUGCUCACGAAAGGGUGUAAUUCCGUGGAUUUUUGAUAUAUUUAUCCUUCAGCUACUUCCC